UUAAAAUGGCGGCGUUGAGCAGCGCCGAGUCUCCACCGCCCGUCUUUAACGGAGACACCGAGGAGCAGGAGCCGGGCAGCGAGCGGGGCCUGGAGGAGCUGGGCGCCGGGCUGGAGGACUCCUGCACGGGGGGGAUCCCCGAGGGUCCGCAGGAUGAGGAGAUCUGGAACAUCAAACAGAUGAUCAAACUGACACAGGAACAUUUAGAGGCUCUCCUGGACAAGUUCGGAGGGGAACACAACCCUCCGUCUAUUUACCUCGAGGCGUAUGAGGAGUACACCAGUAAGCUGGACGCCCUGCAGCAGAGGGAGCAGCAGCUGCUGGAGGCGAUGGGGAACGGGACCGACUUCCUCUGCUCGCCUUCUCCCAUGCCCGCUCUGCUGGAGGUGAAGAUGGGGGAUGUGGGUCGGAGGGGGGCUCAGGCCUUCCCGUCGGCCCCCAACACCUUAGCUGUCCUGCAGACCCCGAUCGACGCCAGCAGAGCCAACCCCCGCUCCCCACAGAAACCCAUCGUCAGGGUCUUCCUGCCCAACAAACAGAGGACGGUGGUACCGGCCCGCUGUGGGAUGACUGUGAGGGACUCGUUGAAGAAAGCUCUGAUGAUGCGAGGCCUCAUCCCAGAAUGCUGUGCGGUCUACAGGAUACAGGAUGGAGAGAAGAAGCCGAUUGGCUGGGACACAGACAUCUCCUGGCUGACGGGAGAGGAGCUGCAUGUGGAGGUGUUGGAGAACGUGCCGCUCACCACACACAACUUUGUGAGGAAGACGUUCUUCACGCUGGCCUUCUGUGACUUCUGCAGAAAGCUGCUGUUCCAGGGUUUCCGCUGUCAGACCUGCGGAUACAAGUUCCACCAGCGCUGCAGCACCGAGGUCCCGCUCAUGUGUGUCAACUACGACCAGCUCGACUUGUUGCUCGUGUCCAAGUUCUUCGAGCACCACCCGUUCACCCAGGAGGAGGUCUCCUCUGAGGGGACCACCCCUGUGUCCGAGGCCUGUCCAUCCCUCCCCCCUUCCGACUCCACCGGGUCGAUGUGCCACGCCACUGUGUCCCCGUCCAAGUCCAUACCCAUCCCGCCCAGUUUCCGGCCCAACGAGGAGGACCACCGCAACCAGUUUGGUCAGCGGGACCGUUCGUCCUCGGCCCCAAAUGUUCAUAUCAACACCAUCGAGCCGGUCAACAUCGACGACCUGAUUCGGGAUCAGGGCUUACCGAGGUCAGACGGAGCCCCCCCGAACCACCCCGCCCGCUGCUUGAGGAAGCACCGAACACGGACCUCAAGCCCCCUCCUAUACUCCUACCCCAAUGACAUAGUGUUUGAUUUUGAGCCCGAGCCUGUUUUCCGAGGCUCGACCACGGGGCUGUCGGCCACGCCCCCCUCUCUACCUGGCUCUCUGACCAGUGUGAAGGUCCCCCAGAAGUCGCCAUGCCCACAGAGGGAGCGCAAGUCGUCGUCCUCGUCCGAGGACCGCAAUAAGAUGAAAACUCUGGGGAGGAGGGACUCGAGCGACGACUGGGAGAUCCCCGAGGGUCAGAUCACUCUGGGUCAGAGGAUAGGGUCUGGAUCCUUUGGGACCGUCUACAAGGGAAAGUGGCACGGUGACGUUGCAGUGAAGAUGUUGAACGUCACCGCUCCGACGCCUCAGCAGCUUCAGGCCUUUAAGAACGAAGUGGGAGUCCUCAGGAAAACACGUCACGUCAACAUCCUGCUGUUCAUGGGCUACACCACCAAGCCUCAGCUGGCCAUCGUGACGCAGUGGUGCGAGGGCUCCAGCCUGUACCACCACCUGCACAUCAUCGAGACCAAGUUCGAGAUGAUCAAGCUGAUCGACAUCGCCCGGCAGACGGCGCAGGGCAUGGAUUACCUGCACGCCAAAUCCAUCAUCCACAGAGACCUGAAGAGCAACAAUAUUUUCCUCCACGAGGAUCUGACGGUGAAGAUCGGAGACUUCGGUCUGGCCACGGUGAAGUCUCGCUGGAGCGGCUCGCACCAGUUUGAGCAGCUGUCGGGCUCCAUUCUGUGGAUGGCUCCCGAGGUCAUCCGGCUGCAGGAUAAGAAUCCGUACAGCUUCCAGUCGGACGUUUACGCCUUCGGUAUCGUUCUGUACGAGCUGAUGUCCGGCGCUCUGCCGUACUCCAACAUCAACAACAGAGACCAGAUCAUCUUCAUGGUGGGGCGGGGUUACCUGUCUCCUGACCUCAGCAAGGUGCGCAGCAACUGUCCCAAAGCCAUGAAGAGACUGAUGGCCGACUGUCUGAAGAAGAAGAGGGAGGAGAGACCUCUGUUCCCACAGAUCUUGGCGUCCAUCGAGCUGCUGGCUCGCUCCUUACCCAAAAUCCACCGCAGCGCCUCAGAGCCGUCGUUAAACCGAGCCGGCUUUCAGACCGAGGACUUCAGCCUGUACGCCUGCGCUUCACCCAAAACCCCCAUCCAGGCCGGGGGCUACGGGGAGUUUUCAGCGUUUAAAUAAGAUCUGCAGAUCUCUUCAGUCCGUCCCUCUCCACCUCUCUAAAGUCUCGUGUCCAUGCGGUGGAUUCAUCCAUUUCUGAACAAACAAAGAAUGUGCUUUUUUUUCUUCCUCUGUCCACCUGAAGGGGGCAGUGUCACCCCACCGUCCUCCAACAAACAGACACUGACCAAAAACUGAAUUAGAAAAACACUCCGAAUAAAAGACCUUCAGACGAGACAACGGGAAAGAUAAACUACACGACCUAAAGAUUUCACCACCAGACGAGUUUAAGGAGGAGACGCCUGCUGCCUGCUGGAGGGAGCGCGAGGAGGAGGAGACGUCACUCCCUGUGCGAGGAAGCCGGUUCAUCCGCGGGGCCGCUAGCGGCACUUUGAGCGAGGGCCAGGCGUUAGCCGGGUCCCGAGAGGAGCUGGAUAGUUCACCCUGAAGGAGGACGACUUGAACGAGACAUUUUCUUUUUUUUUCCUUUGUUCUCAUGUUACAGAUGGGAGCGAGCAGCUGCUGCUCGCCGCCAGCUUUUCUGUUCCUUCUGCAGCACAAGCCUUCGCUUUUUUUUUGUCUUUACGGGCCGACCGAACCCUGCGUUUUCCCUUUUUUAAUCCCACACCUGAGCCGAACAGCAGCUGAAAGUUUGAGCUCUCUCGACCUUCUCGCAGCCUCCGUGUGGAAGAUGGAGGAGAGUUUUUUUUUUUUUGUUUGUUUGUUUUUUUUAGUCUGGAGCGUUUCUUUUGGAGGAUAAAAGCUGAUUGGUUCGUUCUAGCGUUGCUGUCCAGCGUUUACACUGAGCCGAGGAGCGUGUACAGGACCCGCCUUCUCCACGUGCAUGUUGUGUCACUUUUCUUUCUCGCUCCUUUGGCUUUAAUAUUUGCACUCCGCUUCUAUCGGGGACGUCAUCGUCUCGGCUGCAGACUGACGGCUGCAGCGUUUCCUGCUGAUUGGACGAUUCCCACCUUUAAGUUUUCACACACACACACACACACACACACACACACACACACACACACACACACACACACACACACACACGUGCUCCGGUACUCUUCAUUCCAGCGUGUUCAGGGCCGGGCGUGUUGAUUCCAGGUUAAUUCUGUUCUCGUCGAUGUUUGCCUUUUUUCUGUACAGGCAGGCCUGCACAUGUUGACUUAUUUAUGAGCUUCUUUUGAUUUUCGCUCUUUCUUUGGACGCUUGUUUUCGUCUUUUUGGACUCGUGUACUUGCACUUUGUGGAGAUGGAUCGACGCAAACGAGCGACUUGCCUUUUCCUUUUUUUUUUUCUUUUUUUAAAUGGAGGAAUAGAUCGUGACACGCAGAGCUGACGAUCCAAACUCCAGUUUCUGAUGCUUAGAGCAUGAACGUAUCAUGGUGCAUUCAGGAGCCUGACGCUGGAGCAUGCACGUAUCGUGGUGCAUUCAGGAGCCUGCUGUGGAGCUUGAACGCAUCGUGGUGCGUUCAGGAGCGUCCAGCUGCAGCAGCGUCCAUCCAAACUCUGACUGUCUGAUUUUUGUCUUUCAUCGGGGUCAUGUUCGUCUCUCCAUCAUUCACUAGACCUCAAGGUGUUCAUUCAGCUCGUUAGCACAGUUCAAAGGUCAGGGUCGGACUGAGACUCUUCUACAUAUCAGCCGCCGUCACGAUGACGACGAUCAUUAAAAAUCCAGCUUCAGACGAGGUUUUAAAAACGAGUGUUUGAGAUAAAACCUUUUGAAAUUUAAACUCUGAAGUUUUGGAGGUAAAUACGCUGCUCGUCCGUCAGUUCAAUACGAAUUGAGUAAGAAUGAAACUCAGAGCGAGGAGGAUCCGGUCUGAUGACAUCAUUUGACGCUUUUUUUUCUCUCGGAGGCUAAAGUCCAGAAAUGUUUUUUCUAAAUUCACACUCAAGCAGAUUUAGAUUUAUCGUCAGACUGAAUUUGUCUUAAGAACAAAAGAGAACGGACGUUAAAGGUUGAGCCUGUGUUCACCAAACGUGUUUUUUUUUUUUUUUCCAGAGUGCUCUGCCUUUUUUGUGCUUCUGCGCCGCGCCACUCCAGGACCGAUUUAGAGUCGAGAUGAAAGUCUUGCAGCUGCUUGAAUCCGUUGACCUCCACUGACCUCGUGCAGCUGAAACGUUAGAGAUCUCUAAACAAAUAUGUAAUCGUUUGACAGCUCUUAAAAAAAUAUCAAGGCGAGUUAGUAGAGUAAUCUAAGGUGUUCAGUUGAGGUAAGACGUGGCCUUCAUCCUCCUCCACGGACUCCGAUAUCAUCGUCAUCAUCAUCAGAGACAUGAAGUCUCCAGAGCGCUGUAUUUAUCCUCCUCAUAGAUCUUUAAUUUAUCAGACAGAUAUCAUCUUCAUUCUGUUCAACCUUCUUCUUCUGUAACAUUCCCGUCUCCUCCUCUUCCCUGCCUGCACCCUCCUCUUCCUCACUCGACCAUGAAGAACUUUCAGAGAUUUUAGUUUCCUUUGUUGUUGUUUUUUUGUUCCUGUUGUAAAUAUGUGUACAGAUGAAAUCCUGUCAGUUUGCUAGGAGGCAUGGAGACUACAAAAUGUAACAAACUAUAAAGUGUUGAGAACCGAGCGAGCGAGAGAGCGACCGAGAGAGAGAGAGAGAGAGAGAGGCGUUUUUUGAUGAGACAAACAGUUGGCGUGUAAAAAUAUUUAAGGCUGUAUCAUACGGAGAAAAGAGCUUAAUGUAUUUGUUGUGAAUAUGAAAAACUGAUAUAUUAAAGAAGUGCAUGAAAACUGUA